GUGAUCUACAAACCAGCGAUGAUGACCUCUCUUGUCAGCUAGCGGUAGCUAACCUAACACAUACAUACAUGUAGCUAACCGGGGGGGACGUAUGCAAACGUUAACAUUUCCAAAUCGUACGGUAGAAAUCAUUUCAUACAAUGGACCAGACUAAACAAGAGAAGGAAUAUGGAUACGAAUUAUUCCCGGAGAGGAAGACGGGAAAGUACAGGAAGGGAACAAUAGGCGAGAGUCUGUUCACUUUCAACCACAAGUGUCAGGUCAUGUUACAGUUCGCAAUGGAAACUAGUCCGUACGCCAAACUCCUCCUCAGUGCCAUGAAAAGUUCAGGGUGCCAAGUGUUUAAAGACCGUCAUUUCUCCUGUGAGGAUUGUGAUGGGACGGUCAGCGGCGGCUUUGACGCAGCUUCUUCUCAAAUCGUUUUGUGUCAGAACAACAUCCACCAGCAGUCCCAUAUGACCCGAGUGGUCACACAUGAGCUCAUUCAUGCCUUCGACCACUGUCGGGCCCACGUGGACUGGUUCAACAACUACAAACACCUGGCUUGUUCUGAGAUUCGGGCAGCUAACCUCAGUGGAGACUGCGCCUUUAACAAUGAAGCCGCCAGAUUCAACUUCGGCUUGAAGCAGCAUCAUCAGGAGUGCGUCAGGGGCCGUGCCCUUCGCUCCAUCCUGGCCGUGAGGAACGUCAGCCGCAAGGAGGCGGAAAAAAUAGUGGAUGAAGUCUUCGACACGUGUUUCAACGACCACGCGCCGUUUGGACGGAUCCCGCACACCAAGAAGGAUGCUGGGUUUGCCUACAGAGAUCAUCAGAACAGAGAUCGAUAUUAUGCAAACCUUUAGCGUCGUCACAUUCUCGUUUAACCCCCCCCCCCCCAAGGGUGCUGUGACUGGCGGUGACGCUGACAGGAGCUUGGCAGCGUCAGUGCCGUGGUCAGCGCAAAAGGCCUCAACAGAAUGACAGUGUGUCGAAAAACGAUCAUAUCCCUUCAGAAGGGAUUUUCAGAGAAUGAUUUGUCCUUGGAACAGGAAAGCAAAGGAAGGAGCUACAGUACAUUUCAUUUUCUACCUUCUGGACACUAAUUCUGUAUAAAGAGAUUGUAAGGAGUGAUUUUGCUCUGGAAGUAAAGUAUUAGUGGAGGCCCUAGUGAUUUAUUUGUCAUUUGUUUUUAGGUGAUUUAUGGGUGCUUUUAAGGAAAUACAGGAUUUCCUUUGACUGUCUGCUCUUCAUCUUGUUGCCACAUUGACCUCCACUAAUUUCUUGUAAAAAAAAAAAAAAAAAAAAGAAGCUGAUUGUACUUAUAUUAAACAGAAUCAACUUGUGUUUGAGUUAAGGAGAUUCCUCUAAAAGUUAUUUGUGAGGACAAGGGGGGGGGUUACGUUCGACCUUGGCCCAAAAUUGUUUGAAUUAAUGACUUGCCAAAAGAAGCGUAAGUAAGCGUAUUGCUGAUUAUAACACAUUCAUGUCUAAUCCCGAGAGAGAGAGGAUUCUUAAAAUUAACAUGUGAGACGAGUAAUAUGAGUAAAGUGAGAAAAGUUCUUCGACAACAACGCGGUCAACUUUGUUCACAUCUGUGCUGCCACUGUAAAAUGUCACUGCUGACAUCUUUAUUGGACAUUAGCAUUUAAAGAAUCUCGUGUCCCUCCGCUGAGAUUAAUGAGGGAAAAAGUUAUAAGGGAAUUAGCCUCAUAAUCCCCCCCCUCCCCUUCCUCCGCCUCCACUUCUGCCUAUCUCAAAGACAACACCCUCUGCAUCAUAAUCACAAAGUCACUUGGUGUGUCUGCCGUUGGAGUGUAAUAUGCCACUUAUCUCGACGCUCUCCUCUUAGAAAACACUACAAAAACAUGAUAUGAGCGAGUGGGCUCCGACAACAAGGCGAGUGGGUGGGAUGGGACGAGCAAAGAAGAUUAGGUUAAUUUUAGAAGCUUAACAGAGGAAAUGAUGAAAACAGCUUCAAGGCAGUGGGAUUAAUGUGAGACAAACACAAGAAGACAAAAGAAGGGAAUGAUAUUUGGAUUUGUGCAAUGUCAUACUCUAAAGCAGGCUAAAUAAAGAAAUACUAAACAAUAGAAUUACAGAAUUACUGCUGGAAUUGUGCACAUAUCAAAUGCCGGCUACUAAACACAUUUGAUACAAUUAGACACGCAGAACAAGGUUGUGAAUUUGUAAAUUGGCUUAAUUCAUUAUGUGGUACUGAGUUCAAGACAGCAGCCAGGAUUUAGGUAAUACAGAAGUCACAAGUCCAAGUCCUCGCAACAAACCCACAUACAUUGAAAGGUGGGGUAAGUGACUCCGGAGAAAUGCAUUACCAUGACAAAUACCAUGAUAAAGUGCAAACAACAGCACAGCAAGAGGACCUGGGGGCACCUGGAUAGGUCACCUGGUAGAGCCACGCCAUGUACCAAAGCUGAGUCCCUGCUGCAGCAGCCCAGGGUUCACAUCCGGACUGUUGUGUCGUCCCCUUUUCCUGUCUAUAUUCAGCUGUCACUGCUAACAGAUUAGAAUGGCAUUUAACACAUUACCUAGAAUCGCUAACCCCACCUUUAAAUCUCAUAUACUAAAAAAAGAAGAAGACUGGAAUGAGAGCUGAUAAAAGAAGCACCGCGUUAAUGUUAUUAAUUAAUGAUAACUCCCCUCAGGAGGACAUACGCUCUCAGUGUCCCCAACGAAAGCCACAGCAGUGACAGUUUCACUUGCGCACGUCUACUUAAAGCUGCAGUAGGUAACUUUUAAACAUCCAGCAGACAUGGCCUAAAUUAGCAUCGAGUCGUGUUUCAGGACAAAUAAUGAAUGUAACUGAUAUUCACUCUCCUUUUAGCUCUGUUUUGGUAUCCACCAACUCCUGAGAAAAGCACCUAGCUGCUAAAUGCUCCGCUAUGUUCACCAGCUAGUUGCUUCCUUUGCCUAUCUGCCAUUUGGUGCUGAGUAGGUAGUGUUCAAUUGGUUUAUUUAAAGUUUUUUAAUAUUGAAAACAGCUGCCUACUGUUUUGGAAACACAGUUGAGGAUGAAAAGUAAACCAAAAGACCAAAAAGUUACUCUAAGACUAAAACAAUGAGCUGAAAGACGCUAAAACGCUCUGUAAAGCUAAAGGGAACUGCCCUGUGGGUUUCACAUUGGGCUCCUUACAGUGCAUUGUCAUUUGUUCCAUUGUUAUGACAAAUAUAUUGGUUCAUGUAGAUUUAAAGUCAAAUAAAAAUGUUUGCAUGCAGAGAGAGUGUAUGUUCAAGCUAAUAAAUGAAGUUAAUAUAA